UGGAGUGCAGGUAUAUGCAUGCCGUCUGCACAUGCUGAGGUGACUGAGCUGAAAUGCAUUGUGGGAAAGACAGUAACAUUCCCCACUGCAGUGAAAAAGACUGGAUUAUUCAUCAAAAAUGAAAGCACUGUUGCAAGGGUGGAUCGUAUAUUCUAUAUCACCAACAAGAACAUCCUCAGAGACAGAGUGCACUGGAAUGGCGGCACUGGGUCCUUCUACAUCACUGACCUAAAGACUGAGGAUUCUGGGAAUUACAGAGUGGUAGAUACUGAUAAGAAAUCAGACUUUAUCUACCAACUGACUGUGUACAAUUCAGUGUCCACACCUGAAGUGUCCAACAGGAACAAGAUGAAACCCACCUGCAGUGUGCUGUGCUCUGUGGAGAACGGGAGGGAGGUCACCCUGUCCUGGCAGAGAGAAGGAGAGACAUUGUACAUCGCCAGCAGACCUGAUAGCAACACCCCCCUGUCUCUCCCUCUGGAGAUAGAAGAAUGCAACUCCACAUACAGCUGUGUGGCUACAAACCCAGUCAGUGAGGAGAGAAGCUUCUUCAGCAUGUCAGAACUCUGUAGAGUGGAGUGUAACGGCCACAGUGACCAAAGUGAAGAGAAAAUAGCUGAUGUCCAUCCCUUCUCUGUUCACAGAGUUGUUCUGUAUGUGAUGUUUGUGUUGAGGCUGGUGGAGUUUGUGUUGGUGACACUGGCAGUGGGGCUGUUAAUCCAUCUCUACAGAGAGGGAAGAGUUCAGACUCAACACAGCAUGGAGAGAAGAGAAAAGAGGAAAUAUUCAGACCUAUGAACACCAACUCCCCACAAAAACACACACACACACAUACUCACACACACACACACUCACACACACACACACACAC